CGGGACACCGGCCGUCGAUUGGGUCCUUUCCUUAGAGUUCCACAAAUCUACGCAUUCACCUGAAGAACUCAAUGGCGACGGCGUAUAUGCGAGAUCAGGAUUGACUUUAAAGAAUGGCAGGCCUCGUCUGGUAUUUGGACGCCGCGUCUAAUCCCUCACAGAUACACAAGGGAUCUGUGAUUGUGUAGUGUCACGUCAGAUAUCUGAGCUCAUACUAGGCGGCACAGCACACAGAGACCAUGUACUGCCUCCAGUGGUUACUCCCGGUGCUCCUGAUCCCCAAACCCUUAAAUCCAGCCCUGUGGUUCAACCACUCCAUGUUCAUGGGCUUCUACCUGCUCAGCUUCCUGUUGGAGAGGAAACCGUGUACCAUUUGUGCCUUAGUCUUCCUGGCGGCAUUGUUUCUCAUCUGCUACAGCUGCUGGGGAAACUGCUUUCUGUACCACUGCCAUGAUUCUGCACUGCCGGACUCAGCACACGACCCCAACAUUGUGGGCACCUAGGCUCGGUUUUUAACAUGGACAACCCCGUACUGCGAAUACAAGAGCCACUGGGAAGUUUCGGUUCUUUAAACCCAUGUUUACACCCGCUCUCCUCUGUAACCCGUAACAAAUCACGAUUUGAAUCUUCUCGCAGGGGCGUCUGAAGCUUGCAUGGGAUCCAUUCUCGUUGUAUUCGGUGCACAUUCUUUCAUUUCUGGAUGCUGAAUUUUUCCAAAGGGGUAGAUGAUAAUGUGUGCGUUUGUGUAUAUUGCCAUUUUGGGUUUUUGUUCAUGUGUCAAUAAUCAGUAUGAGUACAAGUGUUAAGCGGAUAGACGGCAGAUGAAUUGUCAUGCAAAUUGAGCUGAAGACAUGCUUCUGCAUUGCUGAGUUUGCUCAAAUGCUGUCUCCACUUUUAAUUCAAUAAAGUUUCUAAUGAUCAAAAUCGA